GUCCAGUUGCAUUGUUUUCAUAUUAGAGGAUUCCGCUCAUUUACUUCUUCAUUGAUAAGAGAUAUGUAUGUAUGUUUGUGGUAAAUUGUGCAUGGAACAGAAAGAACAAAAAUUAAAUAAAUUAACUCCACCAGUGGCCAAACCUCUCAUUCACGUAAACAAGUUUUGUUUUUGAAAUUCAGACGAGUUUGUGAAGCGACGAAAAGUGUUUGCUCAACCACUGCUACCAAGCAGCGUACACAAACUAGUUUAAAGGUUUUGACUACGUGGUACGCCACUUUCAUUAAAUUUAACCAUUCUUAUCAUAAAAGUGUUUAAUUCGCGUACGUUCUAACACAUUUUAGUUGUUAAUCUCAAUUCUAUUAACUCUCCGGUACACCUGUGAUUAUGCACAAAAGGCAAAGCUUCAAGAGCAAUCCGGACUGGGCACAACAAUUUACCACCGACCAAGUUAACAAAAUGCAGUUUAUCGCGCGACGUGUCGCUAUGAAUUUAACUAAAACCGUAUUGGCGUCGUCGUUGAAGACUCCGCUGCCCAGUAUUGCUGCUGCCGCCCAAAAAAGUUUACCCGACGCCCGUUUUUACUCCAUUUCUGAAGGCCCACAAAAACAAAAUCUGCUACGUUAUCCAGCAUUUCCACUAAAAGAUACCUUGGAAACAUUUUUAAAAACCGUCGAGCCGGUGAUCAAUGCUUGCGAACUUGUUGAAACUAAGGAAGCAAUCAAGAAGUUUGAGGCCGGUGAAGGCGCUGAAUUGCAAAAGCUGUUAGAAAAGGCAGCGAUAUGCGAAGAAAAUUGGUUAGCUAAGCGCUGGUUACGUGCAGCUUAUCUGCAAUACCGCGCGCCAGUUACCGUUUUUGUUAGCCCAGGCAUGACAUUUCCACCACAACGUUUUGAAAAUGAUGAAGACUAUCUAAAUUAUGCCGGCAAGGUUGUUUAUAGCAUGGCACGCUAUAAGCAAAUUAUUGAUGCCGGUGAAAUUCCUGUUUUGAAAAUGGGCAAGUAUGAGCUAGACAAUUCGCAAUUCGGCAAAGUUUAUGGCACGUGUCGUAUACCACAGAAGGUCGAAGAUGCACUGGAAUACAAUCCUAAAUCACUGCAUGUAGUGGUGUUGUACAAAAAUCAUUUUUACAAAGUACAAAUCUACAAUAAUAAUGGCGUGGCCUUGCAUCCGGAUAUAUUGGUGAAACAAUUCAAGACCAUUAUGGAAGCUGAAGCUAAAAAGGGUGUGGAAAUUGGCAUUUUAUCCACUGAUAACCGCGAUAAUUGGGCGCAAGCUUAUGAAGAGCUCCUGAAAAUCGAUGGUAACAAGGAACUGGUGAAAACUAUACAAAGUGCCUUAUUUACAGUAUCUUUGGAUGAGUGUUUCGAUGUUACAGAGGACCAAUUUUUCAAUGAGUUAAGUGGCCAGUUAAUACAUGGCGGUGGAGUAAAGUUAAAUAGCGCCAAUCGUUGGAUGGAUAAAACAAUACAACUAAUACUGAAUCGCAAUGGCAUGAGCGGAUUUUGUUAUGAACACUCACCGGCUGAAGGUCAACCAAUUGCCAACAUCACCGACUAUGUAACCAACAAUUUGUGAGUACAUAUACAUACAUAAAUAGAAUGUUCAAAAAAUUAUAAACAUGCAGCUCAUUAUCAAACAAAAACUAUAUAAGUCUACAUUUCAAACUUUGUACAAAAGUUCCACACAAUUNAUGAAUUGGCGGAAAAUUUGCACGUAAAUGUUUUGCAUUUCAAGGACUAUGGCAAGGGUUUCUUGAAGAAACAAAAGCUCAGCCCAGAUAGCUACAUACAAAUUGCACUACAAUAUGCUUACUACAAGCUACAUAAAGUACCAGCCGCUCAGUAUGAGUCUGCACAUUUGCGUAUUUAUAUAUACGGACGCACAGAGACCAUACGCUCGUGUUCCAAUGAAUCAUUGGCAUUCGCCAAAGCAAUGCAAGACGCUUGCGUUGAGCCAGAGGAACGUGUCGAGCUAUUGCGUACCGCUAUAAAUGCACAUCGUGCAUACACGACAGCAGCAUUACAAGGCAGAGGUGUUGAUCGACAUUUGUUGGGAUUAAAACUCAUGGCUAUUGAGAAUAAUAAACCAAUACCAGAAUUCUUUAACUCGCCUGGUUAUGUAAAGAGUUUAGUCUUUCGUGUAUCUACUUCACAAGUGGCCACACCCAAUCUUGGCUUCAUGGUGUACGGCCCAGCUGCAGACGAUGGUUACGCAUGUUGUUAUAAUCCACGCGAAAAAGAUAUAAUCUUGGCAUGCACCUGUUGGCGUGAUAAUCACACUUCAAACGUGGAUACGUUUGUGUGUACAUUGCGUGAAGCAUUGCUAGAAAUGCAACAACUAUUAGUGGGCUAUGGAAAAGCACCAGCCGCGAAGUUGUAAUGAGUGAUGAGAGAAGUAAAUUCUGAACUGGCAGUGAGAAAUGCGCUGCGCUCG